AUGCGCAGCAAUUCAAUAUGGCUACCACGCCAGUAGCCAUCAACAAUGAAAAAAUCCCUCUGCUGUCCAGCCUGUCCUCCAAUGGAAACGUUCCAGCAUGGAAAGCUAUUCAGAAAGAAAUAUGCAGCAAACAGCAAAGAAUAUGGGCCGUCACCCUGUUCUCUGUAAUGGCCGCGUCUACAUCUCUACUAGCCGGAUACACUCUUGCCUAUCCUUCAUGGGCCAUCCUUGAUCUAAGAGGUCUGGGUGAUGCCAGGAGUUUUAAGCACAAUAAACUAAUGGAGGGAUUGUUUGGAGCUAUGUCUCCCAUUGGUGCAGUGUUUGGUGGGUUGAUUGCUGGCUGGUCUGCCGACUGUAUAGGACGUAAACCCUCCCUAUUGCUCACUGCAGUACCUAGUACAAUUGGAUGGUCAGCAAUAGGUGCUACAUAUUUCAUAGAAAACAAGCUUGCAUUUGACGCAGUCAUAUUGAUUGGUCGCUUUUUAACUGGGUUUGGGAUUGGAUGGUCAAUGUUCUGUGCACCAGUUUACAUUGCAGAAGUCUCCUCCCCUGCUCUUAGGGGACUAUUCAGCUCUCUACCACUGUUUGUCAUGAAUAUUGGCAUACUGCUUGUGUAUAGCUUGGGAAUGGUGUCCUUUAUCAAAUUCUAUCACACAGCUUUCAUUGCUGCUAUUAUAUCAGUUAUUAUCUUCCUAGCUACAAUAAUUAUGCCGGAGUCUCCGCGUUUCCUGAUAAUGAAGAAAAAUACUGCGAAAGCAAUGAGAGUCAUAAAACAAUUGCGUGGGCCUAGAGGAAAUGUUAACGAAGAAUUUGAGGAGAUAAGUUAUGCUGUUGCGAUGCAGAGUGAUCUCUCCUUUUGUCAAGUGAUAAAAAAGUUUAAGCAGCGCCAAGUCUGGCUACCAUUCGUCCUCUUGAUGUUUAUAAUGUUCUUUAGACAGUUCUCAGGGAUCAAUGCUCUUAUAUUCUAUGCUGACCCCAUACUAAAGAAAGCUGGACUCAAACAUGUGAAAUUCAUUGCAUUGAUGACUGUAGGGGUGGCUGAAGUGGUACUGACAUUCGUGAGUAUCUUAGUGGUUGAUUUAUUUGGGAGAAAGAUACUCCUGGUAGUCAGUGCUUUAAUCAUGUCCAUUAGCUCUGGAGGGCUUGGAGUGAGUAGCUACUUUGAUAACGAUUGUAUGCCGUGUCCUUCAAUGAACUACCUAAUGAUUGCAUCACUAGCUUUAUUCAUUAUUGGAGUCUCCAUUGGGUUUGAUUCCAUACCAUACAUACUGAUACCAGAGCUGAUACCGCUUGAUGUUAGAGGAGCCCUUGGCGGUAUAUUGUCUGCUUUUCACUGGCUCUGUGCUGUUUUUGUUGCUGGCCUCUAUCUAUUGUGUGCUGGGUUUGAUGGAGCCAUAACAUGGUGGACAUUCGCUUUCUUUAAUCUUGCUUCAUUUGCCUUUGUUGCUGCUUUCCUUCCGGAGACAAAGGGAAAGAAGCUAGAGUCAGUAGGAAGAGAGCUAAGUCCUCAGAGAUACAGAUUGUGUUCCUAACAUUAUAUCACUAUAGCUAUUCUUUAUUAUGUUAUAAGAGCAUUGAAUGCUACUGCACUGUGUGUAGAGUAUUGGAAUGCAAUUAUAUGAUUUACGGCUUAUUUAAUAAAGCCUUCCUUGCACUGUGUGCAAUAACCCCCAUUAUUUUUAUAUUUUUCCCUGUUCAUUUUGGAGCUGAUAAAUUUCAUUUCUUUUUAUCAUAAGUAUUGCUAUGCAAUGAAAUCAAUUAUUAAAGUGCAAGACAACCACAAGGCAAUGAA